CCGCCUCCUCUCUCUUAAAACUUUCAGUAUCAGCGUCUCGCCCUCAAAGAUUUUUUAGGGUUUCAUAGAUCCAUGGCAACCACUGAAUCGGUUCAGUGUUUCGGUCGUAAGAAAACAGCAGUAGCAGUAACUCACUGUAAGAAAGGAAAAGGAUUAAUCAAGAUUAAUGGAUGUCCAAUCGAAUUAGUAGAACCAGAAAUCCUUCGUUACAAAGCUUUUGAGCCAGUUCUUUUGCUAGGUCGUCAGAAAUUCGCUGGUGUUGAUAUGAGAAUUAGAGUUCGUGGUGGUGGACAUACAUCACAGAUUUAUGCAAUCAGACAAAGUAUUGCAAAAGCUUUAGUUGCUUAUUAUCAGAAAUUUGUUGAUGAACAGGCUAAGAAAGAGAUUAAAGAUAUCCUUGUUAGGUAUGAUAGAACUCUUCUUGUUGCUGACCCAAGACGUUGUGAACCUAAGAAGUUUGGUGGUCGUGGUGCUCGUGCUCGUUUCCAGAAGUCUUACCGUUAAGAGAGGGAUCGUCUAUGUCAAGGAAGAAGGAAGAAAGUCACCGAGGUUUUUGGUACCAUUUCUUGUUAUUUUCUUACAUUUUGGAAUGUUAUAUACUAUUUAUGGAUUUUUCUUAGAAUUUUGGAUGAAUUUUAGUAGUUUUAUUUGGUUAAAGUGAAAUGCUAAGGUUCUGGUACUAUGGAGUUAAAUGAAUCUUGUUACUUAAUUAUCAUGGAUUUAUGGAUGUUGUUUCUGUUUUUUUUU